UUGGUAAUUAUCAUUCCUAGCACCCGGGCACGUGUGCAUUAUUUCUCUGCCUAUUUCAUCUACGCCUCUGUCGUACUCAUCGGUUCGACUGUGUAUGCAUUCAAAUUCUUUCUCAAAGGAGAACCGCGUUAUGAGAACAGUUGGUUAGUUUCUCCUAUUUUUUCCUUUCUAUCUGCUUUCAGCGAGUUUACGAAAGUCUACAGAUUGGCUCGCACAUUAAUGGGUCUUAAACCGCGAAUAUUUGGUUUGGAGACCUACGAUCCUGAGCAGCAAUACAUUUACAUUGCCAACCAUCAAAGUUUCAUCGAUGUUUUGUAUAUUUGGAAGCUUCCAUCCACUGUUAUUGCAAAGGAUACUUUGAAGUAUUUCGGUCCACUUGGAGCUAUUCUCUAUUAUACAAAGUCGGUUCUCAUUCACCGCUCCAACCACGAAAGAGCUAUCUUGGAAAUGAAUAGAGCAGCUGAGCAAAUCGUGAAUGAUAAGGUUAGCCUCUUUAUGUUCCCUGAGGGAACAAGGAACUUUUCGGGUCGUCUGCUGCCCUUCAAGAAGGGCGCCUUUCAUCUGGCAGUUCAGACUCAUCUUCCGAUCCAACCUGUCGUUGUCUCCUGCUACAAUUCAUUCCUCGAUCACAAGAGGUUCUCCUUCACCCCAGUACCCUACGGCAUUUAUCUGCUGCCUCCAAUCUCCACGGUCGGAAUGGACAAGUCUCACGUGAACGAGUUGGUUGAGCGAACGUACAUAGCCAUGUCGGAAAUCUUCGACCGAACGGUGCAUGUCUUACCUGAGGAGUUGGGCAAGGACCUUCGAAGGAAGUCGGACUGA